AUGGCUGACUGUGAUGAAUCCCUACAGGAGGACCCAUGUCGUGCCACGCCCCAGGCUAUGGGGCGCAUCAGACACCUAUGUGCUAAAGAGCUCAACGUUAUUAUUGGUCGAGAUGAGGAACUUGUGGCCCAUGUGGGUACGUGUGCAUGGGAUGUGUGCAUGGCAGUGCAAGCACAGCAGUCCCUUGCCGACCAGCAACGAUGGAUUUCUGACGCAAAGACAAUCGUCCGAGACAUCAAGAUGAUGGAAAUCAGGACCUCUGGAAUCUGGGAGCCACGAUCCCCACCAUCAAGUGGCACCUGUUCUCCAGAUAGCCGUUGGAAGCGAGAGUGCUAUUGGUGUACAUGUCGCAGGGACGCCUCUGCAGACUGUGAAACAAAACUGUGCCCGGACAAUUACGAACACGAGACGGGGACAGAAGCUUGCACAGACGGCUCGUGGUGGAAACCUAAUCAGUGCAAUUGGUGUGAAUGUGUGCAAGGUGGACACGUCUGCAGUAACAAAGAUUGCAUUGACAUUAAGAUGCAGCCCACAAUCUUCAAACGGCCAACGGAGGAGGUGUGUCUCUUUUCUCCAGACACCGGAUCUUGUGAGCAGUUCAUGUAUAGGUAUUACUACAGUUACAAGGAAGGCAGAUGCCUCCUUUUCGGGUACAGCGGCUGUGAGGGCAAUGCCAAUAACUUUCACACUUUGGAAGAAUGUAAGAGGACUUGCGGCCACUUAACAAUAUCCACCACCGAGCCGGCGAUGCAACCUACCCAGUGUUUCCUAUCGCUCACCGUGGGCGACUGUACUGGCAGAAUGAUUCGCUACUACUACGUCACCUCCCUUCGUUCCUGCGUUCCGUUCACUUAUACAGGAUGCGGUGGCAAUGAAAAUAACUUCCUCACUAGGGAAUACUGCGAGGCCGUCUGCUUAAGUAUCACCGCUGCGCCCUCUACGCACACUACCCAGCAAACCACCACCACCACCACCACCACUACCACCACCACAACUAUGCCUUCCCCCAUCCCAGAGAUAACACAAACUGGCCUGUCUGCUGAUUGUUUCUUGCCGCCAGACGCGGGCCACUGCCAAAAUGCUACCAUACGUUACUACUACGACUCGCUGACGCGGACCUGCAAGUCUUUCAGCUACAACGGUUGCGGUGGAAACCGUAAUAACUUCCUGAACAAGGAAUGGUGUUCUGCAUCGUGCCACAGUUCUGUACCUCCGACAGAAAUCACAACAAAAGUUACAACAGGCUCGGCCAAGUCUCCCUCGGUGUGUUACCAAGAUUUCGAAAUCGGGACGUGCUUUAAAAACUUAUGGCGAUGGUAUUACGAUCAAAGCAAACGGUCAUGUGAACCGUUCGUGUACGGUGGCUGUUCUGGUAACGACAAUAACUUCGAGUCGAAGGAGGAAUGUGAGGCAGUCUGUGGGUGAUAGACCAAAUAAAAGCGAGUUCACCCCCACUACCACCAACACCAACAACGUCACCGCCACCAUCCUGGUGUGAGUGGAGGGUGCUGGGAUUCAACACUACUAAAACGUACUUGUAUGAGAUUUGGCAAGUGGCUGUGGCAACAACGAUUCUAAGUUGGAUGUUAGUCUCUCUCUCAAGAUUUGCUUUAUUCACACUGAGUCAGGGAAAAUUUCUCAAGGAUUUGUAAACUGCUGCUUUAAUAAAUCUCGACAUCCUAAA